AUCCCUCAUUGGAAACAACUUGGAAGGUUCUUUGCCUGAGAGCUGGUCCUCGCUGGUCAAUCUGGCGGAGCUCAAUUUAGGUCUAAACCACAUCCAAGGAUCAAUUCCGGCAACGUUUUCAGCCCUAACAGCCCUAACAUCCCUCACUUCAUUAGACCUGUCGUGGAAUGAUCUUUCUGGUCCUAUACCCCCGAUUUUCACCAGCAACAUCCAGUCCAUAUCGCUGGACUACAAUGCCUUUAGUGGACCCAUCCCGGCACACCUCGCCAUGCCCAACCUCCUUGACCUUCAGCUCUCCAGCAAUUUCUUCACAGGAGGCAUCCCUAACGAAUUCACUAGGCUCACUGCCAAGAGUCUGCUUCCCCUCGUGAACAACAGCCUCAGCUCAGGCCUUCACGUGGUAGCUCAAAUGACAUGGCUCACAGACGU